CUCUCAUACACAGCAUUCACAUACUAUUAUGAAACCAACAUUAUUAGUGUUAUCAAAAGCUCCUGCUGUUCCUCGUUUCUUCAAAGAUAAUCAUAUGUCUUUGAACCAUUUUUUACUUCGAGGCCAAGUGAUCUCCUUAUAUCGCAAGUUCAUGAGAUGUACAAAAGGCAUGAAUAAAAACGAUGCUACUGAACUACGACAGUGGAUAAGGACCGAUUUUGAACGAUAUCGACAUGAACAUGACUUGGAUAAAAUCAAGAACUUGAUUACUGCAGGGCAACAUCAAAUGCAUACUUUACAAGGUUCGGUAUCUAUGGCUCAAACUGGUCGUCAUCAAUAAUCCUGUUUUUUUUUUUUUUUUUUU